AUGCAUAGCCGGCGUCAGAUCUUCGUUAAAUCUCCGUAUUGUCAACGAGCCGUCGCUCUGCAGUUGGAUCCUUCGCAAUCUGUAUUAACUCUUCCCGGUCUCACAUCCCUAAUUGAAUCGUCGCAGCGUAUAUCGUUAUCGAAUUUCUGCGUUGCUCUGGAUGGGAAGCUCUUGAAUGGCUCUACACGGAUUCAAGUAUCUAAGCUGCCUUCCGUCUCCAUGCUCGCUCUUUACCCUCGCCUCCGUGGAGGUGGAGGAGAUGGCGGUGCGACGGGAGCCGAGUCUCGCGAUUGCUACCUCAAGAUGUACGCGGAGAAGAAACCCGACAAGGUCGAUCCGAAUGAGCAGAGGCUCUCCAAAUGGCUAAACUGCGCUUUGUCCAACGAGCCCUUGGCCGAGCCCUGUGUGAUUGAUCUCCUCGGGAAUCUGUUCAACAAAGAAGCUUUGGUAAACGCUUUGUUAUCUAAGAAGCUGCCCAAACAGUUCUCGUACAUCAAGGGUCUGAAAGAUAUGGUGAACAUCAAGCUGACGCCAGUCGCUGGUUCCGAUGGAUCAACGCAAGAUACGACCAGUGCCCAGUUUCAGUGCCCGGUCUCAGGGCUUGAAUUCAACGGAAAGUACAAGUUUUUCGCUCUGAGGGGAUGCGGACACGUGAUGAGCGCAAAGGCGUUGAAGGAAGUGAAGUCUUCUUCGUGUUUGGUGUGUCACGCGGAUGUCAGAGAGACUGAUAAGAUUGUGAUCAACGGUACAGAGGAGGAGGUGGGUUUGUUGAGGGAGAUGAUGGAGGAGGAGAAAGCAAAGCUGAGAGAGAAGAAAGGCGUCUCGAAGAAGAGCAAAAACGGUGUUACCGUGGUGGCUGAUACAGGAGCAAAGGUCGCAAAGAGACAGAUGGAUGCUGUGAAUGGUAAUGGCAAUGGCAAUGGCAUCACUGUGAAGAAAUUCAAGGCUGGGGAUGCAGUGCCGGUGAAUGCUACCAAGGAAGUGUAUGCUUCUCUCUUUACUUCCUCCAAGAAGAAGACUGAUUUCAGGGAGACUUACUCAUGCAGGUCACUCCCUCUCGGCAGGAAUUGA